AGGAGGAGGAGCAGCAGCAGCAGGAGGAGGGAGUCUCGGCGCCGCUGGAGCGGCAUGCGCCUCCGAGCUGCCGGUGCUCGUCUCGGGUCGGCGCGUCCGCAGCCCCGAGGGAGAGGAUUGAGAGAGGAGCUCGCAGACUCUGACCCCUUGAAGCAGCAGCAGCUGUAGCAGCAGCAGCUGUAGCAGUAGCAGCUGUAGUAGCAGCAGUAGCAGCAGGCGAAGAGCUGCAGGAGAGGAGCGAUGGCGAGCGAGAGCGCCCCUGCGAGAAGCCUGGAUGACAUCGACCUGGCAGCGCUCAGGGAACCUGCCGGCAUCUUCGAAUUGGUGGAGGUCGUUGGCAAUGGGACGUACGGACAGGUGUAUAAGGGUCGUCACGUCAAGACUGGACAGCUGGCCGCGAUUAAAGUCAUGGAUGUCACUGAGGACGAAGAGGAGGAGAUCAAGCUGGAGAUCAACAUGCUGAAGAAGUACUCACACCACCGCAACAUCGCCACCUACUACGGCGCCUUCAUCAAGAAGAGCCCUCCGGGGCACGACGAUCAGCUCUGGCUGGUGAUGGAGUUCUGCGGCGCCGGUUCGGUCACCGACCUGGUGAAGAACACGAAGGGCAACAGCCUCAAGGAGGACUGGAUCGCCUACAUCUGCCGGGAGAUCCUCCGGGGUCUGGCUCACCUCCACGUCCACAAGGUCAUCCACAGGGACAUCAAGGGACAAAACGUCCUUCUCACCGAGAACGCCGAGGUGAAGCUCGUCGACUUUGGAGUGAGCGCCCAGCUGGACCGCACGGUCGGGCGCCGGAACACGUUCAUCGGCACGCCCUACUGGAUGGCGCCCGAGGUCAUCGCCUGCGACGAGAACCCCGACGCCACCUACGACUACCGCAGCGAUCUGUGGUCCCUGGGCAUCACUGCGAUGGAAAUGGCAGAAGGCGCCCCCCCGCUGUGCGACAUGCACCCCAUGAGGGCCCUCUUCCUCAUCCCGAGAAAUCAGCCUCCUCGACUCAAGUCCAAGAAAUGGUCAAAGCGUUUCCUGAGCUUCGUCGAGAACUGCCUGAUCAAGAACUACACCCAGCGGCCCUCGACCGAGCAGCUGCUCAAGCACCCGUUCAUCCGCGAGCAGCCCAACGAGCGCAAUGUGCGCAUCCAGCUCAAGGACCACAUCGACCGCACGCGCAAGAAGCGCGGAGAGAAGGAUGAGACAGAGUACGAAUACAGUGGAAGUGAGGAAGAGGAGGAGACGGACGCACACCAAGAAGGAGAACCAAGCUCCAUCGUGAACGUGGCCGGGGAGUCGACGCUGCGAAAGGAUUUCCUGCGGCUGCAGCAGGAGAGCGGGCGCGAGCGCGCCGACGCUGUACGGCGCCAGCAGCAGCUGCUGGCCGAGCAGCAGCUGCAGCAGCGGCAGCGCGAGGAGGUGCAGCGCCAGCUGCAGGCCGACCGCCAGCGCCGACUGGAGCUGCAGCGGAUGCAGAGGAGGCACCUCGAGGAGCAGCAACGGCGCGCUCGCGAGGCCUCCAAGCAGCAGGAGCGCGAGCACAAGCGGCACCGCGAGCUCGAGCUGGAGCGCCGGCGCGAGCAGCAGCAGGAGCUGGAGCGCCGCCGUGCCGACGAGCUGGAGCGGCGGCGCGAGCAGCAGCAGCAGCAACAGCAGCAGCAACAGCAGCAGCAGCAGCAGCAGCAGGAGGCCGAGCGGCGGCGCGCCGACGAGAUGGAGCGCCGUCGCGAGCAGCAGCAGGAGCUGGAGCGGAGGCGCCGUGACGAGGAGGUGCGGCGGAGGGAGGCCGAGCUGGAGCGCUGGCGCCGCGACGAGGAGGAGCGCCGGCGUGCGGAGCGCGAGCAGGAGCUGAUCAGGCGCCAGUUAGACCAGGAGCAGCAGGAGAUAGAGGAGCUGCAGCAGCAGCUGCUGCAGGAACAGGCCCUGCUGCUGGAAUGCCGCCGCAAAGCGGAGGCGGAGAGGCUGCAGAAGCAGAUCCAGCAGGAGAAGGACUUCCUGAUGUCGCUGCAGCAGCAGCAACAACAGCAGCAGCAGCAAAGCGACGGCAGGGCGUUGCCAGGUGACAAGGCGCGAGUGGUGUACCAGUUCCUGGAAAACAAGCCUCCCGCCGACAAGCCAGCCUGGGCCAAGCAGGUGGAGGACCGUUCGAAGAUGAACAAGAAGAGCUCCCCCACCAACAGCCAGCGCGGCGGGGACGCCGGGCCGCAGCCGGUGCCGGCCGAUGCGCUGGCAAACGGCGCGGCCCAGGCCGCCUCCUCCUCCUCCGCCGGUGCCGCUGCCGCUGCCGGCGCCGUCUCCUCCGCCGCGUUCCAGCGCGGCGUCGACCCGCAGGUCCAGGUCGCCCACCGCAUCUCCCUCCGGCAGCAGCAGCAGCAGCAGCAGCAGGCGGGCGGUGGCGGUGGCGUUGGGGCAGCACCACCCGCGAUGCCGCGAUCCCACUCCUUCCCCGAGCAGGAGUCUCCGCCGCUCAUCCCCUCGUCCGCCUCCGCGCCGUCACACCCGCCCACCGACGGCCCCACGCGGAGGCUGCUCGCCGAACCGCCGGCCGCCGGCAUCGAGGAGGUGCCCCCAAAGGUCCCUCCGCGCACGACGUCACGAUCGCCGGAGCUCAUGCGGAGGAACUCGCCCGGCAUCUUGCCGGCAUUCACCCCUCGACCGAGCGGCCAGUCCCGACUGGCGGACGCGAAGGCCGCGGAGGGAUCGGCAGACGGUGCGGAUUUGCGGAGCCGGCACCAGAAGCAGUACGGCAGCCACUCGAGCUCGGGAUCCGGUUCCGGAUCGGCCUCCAGCUCUUCCGGCUCGCAGCCCAGCUCCGGGGAGCGGCAGAAGCCCCGCGCCGCUGCUCAGACGAACGGAGCUCCGUCCUCGGACAGCCUGGGCGUCGCACAGGACGACGGGAUGGACGUCGCGCGGCCCGCUCGCCCUCCGCAGCAGACGAUGUCGGGGCCCCCGCCCCGCAGCGCGGUGAAGGUGACGGACUACUCGUCGUCCAGCGAGGACUCGGGGGACUCGGACGAGGAGGGCGAGGCGGACGCGGAGGGGCGGCACGACGGCACCAUCCCCGUGCGGGGCAUGCACCGCGCCACCCACCCGUCGGCCGAGACCCUGAUCGUCCAUGACGAGGAGGACGAGGAGGAGGAGGGGAGGGACCCGGAGGGAACGUUCAUCCUGCACGAGAAUGGCGGCGACAAGUCGUGCGGGCAGCUGAACGGGCUGUCCGCGCGCAGCGGCGUGCUGCCCGACCUGCUGCCCCAGGGCACGGGGGGUGGCGGCGCGCUGGGGGCCGCUCCAGGCUGCCCCUUCUCGGCGUCGUCAUCGUCCUCCUACCAGGGCGACGGCGAUGAGGCCGUGAGCCCCCGCGCGGCCCAGAAGGCCAUCUCCACGUCGUCGUUCGCGGCCUUCGCCGAGAACGGGAUGCUGCCCUCCGGAUCCGUUUUGCUGUCGACGCCCCAGGCCAGCCGGCUGGACUCGCGGAAGGGCUCCGUGGUGAACGUGAACCCGACCAACACGCGGCCGCACAGCGACGCGCCCGAGAUCCGCAAGUACAAGAAGCGCUUCAACUCCGAGAUCCUCUGCGCCGCGCUCUGGGGCGUGAACCUGCUGGUGGGCACAGAGAACGGGCUGCUGCUGCUGGACCGCAGCGGGCAGGGCAAGGUCUACCCGCUCAUCAGCCGGCGCCGAUUCCAGCAGAUGGACGUCUUGGAGGGGCUCAACAUCCUGGUCACCAUCUCGGGCAAGAAGCACAAGCUGCGGGUCUACUAUCUGUCGUGGCUACGUAACAAGAUCCUGCACAACGACCCCGAGGUGGAGAAGAAGCAGGGGUGGACUACGGUGGGCGACCUGGAGGGCUGCGUGCACUACAAAGUUGUGAAGUACGAGAGGAUCCGCUUCCUGGUGACGGCGCUGCGCAACUCGGUGGAGGUGUACGCCUGGGCCCCCAAACCCUACCACAAGUUCAUGGCCUUCAAGUCGUUCGGCGAGCUUCCACACCGCCCCCAGCUGGUGGACUUGACAGUGGAGGAGUCCCAGAGACUGAAGGUCGUGUACGGUUCCAACGCCGGCUUCCACGCCAUCGACGUCGACUCAGGCAACCCCUACAACAUAUACCAGCCCACUCACAUACAGGGCAGCGUCUCGCCCUACUCCAUCAUCGUGCUGCCCAACACGGACGGCAUGGAGCUGCUGCUGUGCUACGAGGACGAGGGCGUCUACGUGAACACCUACGGGCGCAUCACCAAGGACGUGGUGCUGCAGUGGGGAGAGAUGCCCACCUCCGUCGCGUACAUCCGCUCCAACCAGAUCAUGGGCUGGGGCGAGAAGGCGAUCGAGAUCCGCUCGGUGGAGACGGGACACCUGGACGGCGUCUUCAUGCACAAGCGAGCCCAGCGCCUCAAGUUCCUGUGCGAGAGGAACGACAAGGUGUUCUUUGCGUCGGUGCGUUCAGGAGGUACCAGCCAGGUGUACUUCAUGACACUCAACCGGACGUCCAUCAUGAACUGGUGAAAUCGUCUGCCGGUGACGGUGGCGGCGACAUCGUUGGCGGUGCUGGUGGCGGUGCUGGUGGCGGUGCUGGAGGUGGGGGUGGGGGGGGGGGGGCAGCUGCGGUGGAAGCUGCCCAGCAGGGAGUGGCUGCCCCUACGGCAAGAACUUCCCCUCUACGAACGGAAAUGCAAAAUGCAAAAAAAAAAAGCAAUUGCAGAUUCAACAUCCCCGACGCCGCGAUGAAAUAGGAAUCGCCCUACGGAUGGAGUGUGCGUGCGUGCGUGUUUUAUACAAAACAAAAAAGCUAACGCGAAUUUCUAAUAAUGCAAAUGAGACAGACUUCUUUUUUUCUUUAUCCUUUUUUGUCGUUGAAUCAAAAGGUAGAGAGAGGAGGGGAGACAGUGUUACGUGCGCUGGGGUGUGCGGGUGGAGGAGGGGUUAAACGCGAAACUGUUAUCAAGCCGCAAACUGCGACCGUUCGCGACGAGGGCCAGCGAGAGAGAGGCCGGCAAGACGCGGGCGGCGUGGAACUCCCCCGCUACGCAAACCGCACGCAAUCCCCACACAAUCCCCACGCAAUCCCCACGCAAUCCCCACGCAAUCCCCACGCAAUCCGCACGCAAUCCCCGCCGCGUGACGGGGGCAGGGGCUCGCGUCUGGGCGAGAGAGAGCGCGCGUUUCACUUCGGUUUCGGUUGAGCGGCAGUAGCGACGGGCCGUCCCGUGGCCCUGUAGUCGAGCGUCCGGGAGGCCCUCGCCCCCGCCCCCCCCCCCCCCGCCCCCCGUUGACACCCGCGCGGAGGAGCCGAACGUCGCCGUGUGUUUUGUUUUUUUGUUUUGCCUCGUGUCGUACCGCCACGCGUUCUUCAGCAGCGACGUCCGGCGUUUGAACGAAACUUACGACUUUUUUACUUUAGACAUAUUAAAAUAAAACAGUUUUUAUUAUUUUACCAGGUGAGGCCCACUGAGCCGUUAGCUUUGUUUUUUCAGAAGCGACCUGGCCGCAAAUGAUGGCUCAACCAAGUGGCUUAUCGCGUGGAAAUGCAGAGCAGCCAAAUACGACGCACGUCGAUUCUCAAUGCGGAGGGGAAAAAAACCAGAGGACCCGGAGAAAAGAUCCACGCGACCACGGGGAGAACAAAUAUAGACGCGUCGGGGUCAGGAUAGAAGCCCCGCGGUCUGCUGUGUAUACCAGGCGCGCGAGGUCGUUAACAUCUUGUCACCGUGGCAUCCCCCGUGAAGAUUCUCCGAGCGCGUGGAGCGAAACGUCGGACGUCGUGCGUUGCCGAAUGACGAAACGCAACCCGACACCGCAUCAUCGGAGAGCUGCAGGGAGACGGAAGUUGGACAGAUACUUGGGCACGUGUUGAGAAGGGAAACGGGGCACGUGUUGUUUACUGCUGCGGGCGUGGUGGGGGGGGUCUGUUACCUCGUGCCUGCCCGUUGCGAACCGUCACACGGGCAGCCUCGUAAGGGGCAGCCCCCCGGCGUGGGUCGGCGGCGGUGUCCCGCGUAGCCGAAGUUGGCCGGGAGCUGCGCGGGUCGCAGAAGGAGGGGUGGUGGGGGAGUGAGCGUGGAGACGCGGGAAGUGGGAAAUGUAAACGGGGAACACGAUCGGAGAGCUCGCUAUCACGGUUCGGCUUUAAAUAUGAUCACGUUUUUCUUAUGUUACCCUUUAAUUACCAAAAAUGUAACCCCACCACACCGCACACGGAACGGCCACUUAACGUUCACUUGUUUUUCUUACUAGUGCAGGAUUUUCUUGGUGUUUGGCAAGUGGUGCCCGGGGGGGGGUAUAAGGGGAUUGACUCUGAAAACCUGUGGCCAACAGCCGACGCACAGGGAAGCCACGGGGUACCCACGUGCACACAGCUGUCGCCGCGAUCACACUCCUCUGUGGUAACGGGGGGGGGGGGGGGGCGUGGCAUCCUGGUACGACCACAAUAACAACAACGACAAAAACUCCACGUUCGUGGACGACACGGCCCUGAAAGCAACAAUCAACGUUUAGCGUCUUCGCUUGGUUGCGUCUCUCCGACGUAAAGAAAGGGCCGCUUGCCCGAAACGUCGCCUAUCGAUUUCUUUCGGGGCCCUCGGUGGUUAUUGAUGAACGGUUUGAGUUCGUUGUUUUGCGCUUCUGCAACCGCUACCGACGCAGCAUCGCGGCAAGCGGUUUAGUCUGAUUCGACUGCGGCCCGGCUCGUGUGGAGCAACGUACGUCGUGGCCUCGGCGGCGGGAAGGGGGGGGGGCCCUGCUCCUACGUGCGGCAUCUGGCUGGGACUCGCUCAGCGGUCAGUGGGGCCGAGUGUGGACUCAGAGGCGCGAGUGGUCAGGGUGCAGCGUCUUCCACCUCUGGACUUGAGGCCUGGCCGUUGUUUAUCCACAUUUAAAGAUUUAACUCGAGGUUGUAAAAUAACGAGAACAUCCCACCGCAACGGAAGGACUAGCGCAGGCCCGAAAAGGAAUAAGAUUUAACCAAAAGCUCUCUCGGCAUUAUCCAGACCACCAACUCGGUAGAACUGAACGUGCAGCCAUCGCGUCGAGCGUUUGUAACCCCGACGUGAAGACCGUUCAAUCUGUCACAAGAGGGACACCGUGUCAGCUGAAGCAAAAAUCAAAAGCGCAUCGGGGUGGUACUUCCCGUGAGAAAUUCCACAUUCCUAUGGAGGGAGCCACGUACGUCAGACCUACGUGACAAAAGCGGGAUGUUGGCUGUUUUAGCCAUCUUUCAUUUUGUAACGGGGUCCCGCGAUAGUUUACUUUUCAUCGUUCCACCUGGUCACUCGCGAAGAGAUAAAUGUUCGGGGCACGGCGGCAGCCAGUCGGAUUGGGCCACGCGUCACGUGAAUGUAGUCUUGCGUGUCUUGGGCCCUUCCGUUAAAGCGGCCGAAACAACAGGCGGGCGCGUACAGAAGGCCACAGCAGCGGAGAACGUUUCGUCGUCAUCGUUGGUCGUGCCACAGCCCCCCUCUCUCACCCCCCCCCCCCCCGAUUGUAAAGCUCUUCUCUCUGUGCCUAAUGUAAAUAGCUUAGCUGGGGGGAGGUGAAGGGGGGGGGGUGAGGAAUUCAUUGCGGCUCAGACGCAGCUCAGGUCCGCCGUUUCAAAUUGGUACGUUCGUUCGUGCAACGCACGCAUGUUGUGUGCGUUGUCGUACACAAUCGCGUAGUGAAAUGACGGAGGAAGAAAAUAAAUUGACUGAAAUUUUAAAUAUCGCGUUAAAAGAAAAAGACGUGGAAUAAGUCCACUCCGUCACUACAUCGAAAGCAACGGCAAGAAUGCAAGGCGUUAUAUUAUUUUGUAUUGCAUACACACUAUUUUGAAAACUCGCCUAAGCGGGCGGCGGGGGGGCGGGGGGAGUUUUUUAAACGUCCAUUAAAGUUUAAGGUUAGCGAAACAUUCGUCAUUUCUUUCUUGAUCACGACAAGAACAACAACAACAACAACGCGUUUUGUUUAAAGCGUGCAGACUAGGCGGAGACGCGUCGGGGUCUUCUAAACAAUCUGAAAAGUCGCGUCGUUUGUUUAAUCGCUAAUAACCGCGCCGCCCACAGUGGCGGUGUGACGUUGAGCAUCGCUGGACUUGCGGUCCAGAAGUCGCCGGUUCGACCCUUACCUCCCUUGCGCAGCGCUUUGAACGGCGAUGUUAAAACUGGGGGUCCACCACGUCGCGUGCCGGACGGGGUAAAACGUGGCUAACUCCCACCUCUUACUAAAAAACAAAACUGUCUGCCCAGCGUGGGAAGUGGCGGGGUCAAAUGCUCUGCGUGGCAGUUGAAACAGUGGUGCAAGUUUACUUAGAUCCUCACCACUACCAACCACCAACCACACAUCUCUUCCACCCAGCGGCAGUAGAAAUGGGUACGGCGCGGAUAGCUAGUCGAUCGGCAGGUCGCGUGCGGCGGGGUCAAGUGUGGGCCUCCGUCAGCGGUGGUGCGAGCAGACGAUCAACAGCGCUGCACCUUUGUCUGUUUAUGAUGAUGCCCAGGGGGAGCCACCGCAAGGCGCUUUUUAUCGCCACCGAUGUCCGUACCGAAUGUCUCGUUGGGGUUUUUUGCUGCCGUAGACUUUGUUUUACUGCGGGUUUUUUUUUAAUGACUUCCUGACUGACACAGGACCGCGCACGUACGCAGAAUCGCGAUUAUCCACUGCCCCCCCCCACCCCACUCGCAAGGGACACGUUUUCUCAGAGCCUAACGCAGCACAAGUUUGUUCUUAUUAUUGGUGUCAGAUCUUUAAAUAUCCAAACACAGGAGUUACUAUGAAAAAACACAUCCGUUAGGUGCUGCGUUGCUGCGGCGUUGUCCUCCACACUCGCUUUCAUCUUGUCGUUGCCGUCGUCACCUGGUGCUUGCUGGCAACAUCAUCUGGCCAAGUUGGGCGCAAAUUAGCGGGUUUUAAAUUUAGACAUUUAGUGCUGGUGUGGUUUUUUUUCUUACCCCCCCUCUUCCCCCCCUCCUUGACGUUUGUUUAAGUCGACGCGCACGAUUCGUCAUCACGUCUUGAGACUCUUUUUUUUUCCAGUAUAUAUUUUUCUCUAAAUUGUCGUUUUUUUGAGAAAGGCCUGAACAAUUCGACGACCGCACAAUUCAACGACUGGUCCACCACAGAAUCGUUCAGUUCAUCUUGAAAGUGGUUCACAUUGUUGUACGUGUUCGAUUAUUUUUUCUGGAGUUAUUUAACGAUUUUUUUGUUUCGUCACUGGCACGGUUUCUUUUAAUACGUUUAUAUUAAAUCCUAAUUCUUUUGAAAAAAAAUCAUCUGCACGUGCCUCGAAAAGUUGACUUAAGGAUUAAAUGUUUCUGUAAUUCUGAAAAUACGACAUUUUUCUUUAAGAUUCAACAAAAAUAAAGCUAAUCAGGAUGAGAUGCUGGCUCUGUAGCCGUCAUGUAGCGGGGAGAUGUAAUGUAUACGGACGCUUUGUUUUCGCCAUGAGGGUGCUCUCCAAUGUCCAAACAGCAUUAUAAUGUCGUUAACGCAAAAAAAACGCUCACGAUGUUAUAUUUCGUCGUCGAAGCGUUCGGUGCUUCUGGUAAACGUCGACCGUGAGCGGACGGACAUCCGUCAUCAAGCGUGACCUUGACUGCCACUGGUACUCAACGCCCAGAGCACACCGACUAUGAAUCGGCAACUAUUCAGACUGAAGACGCUGCCAAGCGAUUCCUUGCAUGUUGAACUUCUUUCGCACCGUACGUAGCCAACCACUGGGGGAGACCAAACAUGGGAUACAAUUAUUGGCUAAAUGAGUUUUAAAAGAUUUCCUAGGUUGAUCGACUAACUUGGUUGGCUGACUUGAUAAUAUUGACGGGGGGGCGGUUGUGAGGGCGGAAGAAAUGGCAUUACCGCUCGCACAACAUUUAAAAACCGCGGUGGGCCAAAAUACUCGAUCCACUUGAGUCAACGAGACUUGAAGUGGGGGGGGGGGGGGUGGGAGGUGUGCCUGUACACAAAACCUCCCAAGACGGCAAGACCCGGCACGAGUAUUUCGCGCACGUCGUCGUAAACUAAACACGGACUAACAAUGAACGCUUUCGAGUGCGCCAGAAGUUUCACGCCCGGCGGUGCGUUAGCCCCGAGGUCGCGACGUCGCCCCCGGCCUGCUCUCGUCGUGUCCAGGGGCGAGCUCGGAUGGAGCCGAGGCUGUGGCCAUGGUCUUCCACCCCCCCCCCCACCUCCUUGCCGGCACCUCCGAUUAGCGCGGUUCGCAACCUACGGCGCUGCGAACCAAGUUGAAGAUGCGUGCGUAACGUCGCCCCACCGCCCGCUGCUGCUGCGGUUUUCGCGCCGCGCUUUUUAAACGCCAGGCCCUCCUCCUACCUUACUACCUACCCACUACGCCUUGUGCAAGGAUGAGCAUCUCCCCCCCCCCCCCACAAUGAAAAGCAAAGCAAGACGAUGCGUCUGUGUAAUUUAAGUAAAGCAAUACCGCAUUGGCGACGUUGAUGGGAAACACUUUUACACCCUUAGGCGUAAGCAAUAUUUCAACACUUUUUGGAUACCGUACUGCUCAUGCUUUCCUGGAUUUUGUUCCGUGAUUUUUUUUUUCUCCCCACCAACCACCACGUUCACUGUCCGUUGAGUGCCCUCUGCAAUUGAGAGUCCGUCUUCAUGAACGGGCUCGCGUUUGCGCUCUGGUGCGAUGACGCACGACGCUGCGCCCGUUACAUCCGUGGCUCAAGUUAGCGUUCGCUGAUUUCUAGCGUAGCGUCUUGGAUAAAUCUUACUGGACGUAGUCGUCACUUUUAAUUCUUCUUCAACGGGUGCAGUGAUGUUGCCACAUACGUCUUGUGUGUUUAAUACUCUCACAUCGAUCCCAUUUAGAACUUUUCUCACUUUUUUUUGCGCUAACUUAUUUGUAUUAAUGUUAUCACGUGAUUCUUUUUAAGGUUUAAAUUGUUUACAAAGUGUUUGCUUUGUGGUUUUUUUUUUGUUCCUUGUAUUACCGGUAUAAUAUUUAUGUUUUUUUUUUACUCUUACACUGAAGCACAUACGUUACAUAGGCAUUAGACAUUUUUGUUGCUAAAUAGUGUGCGAGCCGAUGAGUGAUUUCUUUUCCUUUGUUUUUAAUACACGGCAAAUGUUAAGGUAACCUUGAAAAAAAUGUGUUUUGACGAACUGUUUUUAAACAUGGGCCGCAAUGAAAUCAGCAUUCAGGUGGAGCAUCGACAUUACUGUUAAUAAACAAAAAAAUAAACUUACGUCUAAUGAUUAAAUUAUUAAAUACACUUUUGCAUGUCACCCUCUCUCCCCUGCUUGGCAGUUCAGAAACAUUGGGGGCAUGUUUCAGAAAUCCACCACCGUCAACCUCACUCCAGCCAGCAGUAGAAAUGUGUAGAGCACAAAGCGUUGAUCAAGCGUGGGCUCCGUCUCCUCGACGACGGUCCGCCAGUGGUGGAGCGGGCAGGCAAUUGCAGGGCUGCGGCUUUAUCCCAAAAAAUGUUUUCAUGUAUUAAUGUCUUCACACCUUGCAUCCGUCAAACGUCGGCAGUCCGCGCGCCUGGCAGCCACUGCCCUUUUUUGUUGUUGUUGCCGCAUGGAAACAGAGGGCCUGACGAUACACUUUCUGUUGCCACCGUAGCGGUCUCCGAAAGCAGGCGGACGCAGUUGCAGUCUCGCAUGUCCCACUCGCUGGGAGAGGGGGGAGCGACUGAGGUGCUGGGGGCAGAUACGCACAUAGGUCAGAUACGCGAUCAUCUAUAGCAGCGGUUCUUAACCCUGGGGUGCACGCAUCCCUUGGGCGUGCGAGAUACCCUUUCUGAGAACCAAAGUGGUGGUGGUGGUGCAGGCCGCAGUAAAAGGUUAAGAACCACUGAUCUAGAAAAUCUCCGUUAGUACACCACCGCGCACAGAUAAGUCACCGGACGAACAAAAAAUUAAGCGCGAGACGGUCGCAUUUUUUUUUAUAUUUUGCGUGAACAUCUGCAGAAAAAAAAUGACCCUUUUACGCGGUGCGCAGUGACCAAGCUGAACAUGGGGGGCGGGUUAGUCGUUUGGGGCUGAUAUGUCGCGACGGUCGGCUACGCCGUCGGUGCACUGCGAUUUGAAGGCGUAAAUCGCCCAGACGGAUUGGGGCCCUAACGCCGAUUAUCGGCCGCUUAGCGGCGUUGGGCCCCAAAUCCGCCAAAAUGGGGUCGUUAUUUUUUUUUUUGCGCCAAUUUAAUUUUUCCACGCCUGAUUUUGGGAAACCAGCAAAACCUGUCUCAGAUGGCUGCAUGUGCUCACGCCGUGUAUUUAUACUGUGCCGAAUUAUGUCACGUCGCUUGCUUGCGGGAGGAGCGUAUAACAUUUAUCCAGUUGGGGCAAUACUGCUGUGUUUGGCUGUAUACAAAAAUUAAAAGGAUAAAGCGAUUCUUACUCAAGUGAGCAAUUAUAGUGGUGCCCCAUAUCCUGUUUACAUCGCCCGAGCCCAUGGUGGAAAUUCCACGUUGCUGUGGUGGGGCCGUGUCUCUCCACAGGACAAACAAUAUUGACGUCCCCGCAAAGUGGCACAGUACUCACUUUAUCGACCCUGGAGUAGCAGCCUCCCUCCCCCACCACCAAUAAAGUUUGUGAGCUCGCAGCCUUGAAAUAAGGAUCCGCUCACUCUACCGCUUGAGCCCCCCCCCCCCCCCCGUGAAACACGCGGUUGUUGGACCAUACUUCACCACGCUGGUCAAUGCAGGUUGGUAAAAGUUGCAAGAGGGCGGCAGGGCCGGUCCAGAUGUCGCAACUCUCCACUGUUGUUAGCCCCGGCAGGGAAUCAAACUCGGGCCACCAGAUAGCGCGGCGGUGGGCGAACAGCUCAUCCGCCUUCACUCCACUUUUAUUGCUUGUGCUGGAGUUUUUUUUUUUAGUAAACUUAAGCCGCUAUCGUUUGGUGUGUGUGUUUUUUUAUGUUGUCAGCUUGAACAUUGCAAGAGGAGCUUUCCACAAACUUGCCAGCUACUUCCAAGCGUUGGCAGCUGGAUGUGAAAAGUGGACGUUGAUUAUUGCGCCGUUGAGCCAUGCGCGUGGCGGUGGCGGCGGCUUUUCUCUCGCUUGCAAAUCUCGAAUAUAAAUCUAGAGUCGGGAAGAGACGCAAGCUUUUAUCUGGGGUGCUGACGCUCGCGUGACGGAUACCGCUGCGAGAACACAUUAAGAUUUUGCUUUCCACGUGAAUUGACGUAGUCUCCAGAUCAUAAAGACGCAUCCUCUCCCAACUUUUGCUUAAAAAAAAAACCGUACCACCAUCAACAACAACAAAAAUAGUGCGUCGUCUUAUAAUCGGGAGAAUUAUGGUGACUGUGGAUUUUUUUUCUCCCUCGGUUUUCUUUGUGAGCCAAUAAAUCUUGAUAUUUUUUUUUGUUACAGCUUCCAAGUUCUGGUCAGCUUUGUAGAAUUUCAGAAAAGUUACCCUUGGAUGUUCAACUAACGGUUUAAUCGGUUUGAUAAAAUCAAAAACACAUGGUCGUGCAGUGCGUGCUAACCAAAACAUGUAAACGUGGUUAAGGCCUAACAAUUUAUCUGGUGUGCUGUCAAACAAGUCAUGGCCAACUUUUUAAUUAUUAUUAUUCGUACUGCCUCUAACUUGGGACUUAAAAAUAAUAAGUUUAAAUGCAAAUGAACGGGAGUGGUGAUUUGGAUGUUUAGGCUUUAAGUGUUUUUAUGCUGCAGAAUAAAGGUGUAUCAUCUGUUACAGCGAUAAAAAAAUCAACUAGACACUCGCUCCAUAUCUUGUAUAUAAACUUCAAAGAAAAAAGAUCUGUAAAGCAAAAAAAAAAUCCACAUUUCUACGUAGGUGAGUGUUUUCAGUUUUUCUGACUUAUUUUGCUUUUGCAGGAAUUAAAAAAGUCAUUCUUUGGAUCAUUCUCUCUUCACAGCCAUUUGUAACUAUAGACCCAUCCCCUUGCUGUAAUAGUUUAUUCUGAGUAACUUUAAAGAAGAAGAAAAUAAAUUACUCGCCAUAUUUUGUGCUCUUUGCGAAAGCUGAAAUGCUACAAAUGGAAAUAAAGUUUUUU